GUUCGUCUCCCACCUUUCCUCCUCUCUUCGACUCGCAAGAGCAACUCCAACGGCCUCCUUUUUGGAUAGUCUGUAGUUGCUCUGACCCGCCGCGUUCCCCGUCCCCCUCUCGUACUCUCCAAAACCUCCUCCAAACCCUCGAAACCACCGCCACCGCCCUCCCCAUCGCCGCCGCAGCCAUGCGCCGAUCUCAAGACCGCCGUCCCUUCCGCCCGCCGGACUGGGCCCCGCCUCCCCCUCCCCACCACCACCACCGCGACUACCGCGACCGCCACUACCACAGCGAACCCCAGUACCAGCCCCAGCACCAGCGGUACCGCCCCGCGCAGCCGUCCCCUCCCCCGCCGCAGCUCGCCGUGUUCCUCCUCCGCGCGGGCCCAGAUUACUCCGCGCCGACCGCCACUGAGGUGGAGGCCCUCGUCGCGGGCCUCCCGUCCCCGGCCCCGGCCAGCCUCUCCGUCAACUCCUCGGGCCGCGCCGCCGCGCGCCUCGUCUUCCGCUCCCUCCCUGACGCCGCGGCCGCCGCGCGCGAGCUCUGGAAGCUCCGCCUCGAGGGGCACCACCUCCUCACCCUGGAACUCCUGGACCCCGCCCUCGCAGCCCACGCAUCCCCGCUAAUCGCCUCACUCUUCGCCGCCCACGCCUCCCGCCUCCUCGAUUCGGACCUCUUGGCCGUCUCGGCCGCCCGCUCUGCUGAACUAGCGGCCUCCAUCAAGACCGUGAAGGGCCGCCUGGGCUCGCGGAAUCGUUUCCGCGACUUCGAUCAGCUCAAUCUCGAGAGGAAGACACUCGAGGCUGAGAAGGAAUUGGUGGACGCCAAAAUUGCUGAGUAUCAGGCGGCAAUGAGGUCGAUACGGCGUGCAAUGCUGAGCGGGGCAGAGGAGGGCGAGGAGGAGGAGGAGGCGGUGGACGUGUUUGGGGCCGUGCAAGGUGGGGAGGUGGACUUUGCGAGGGUGCACAAGAUAAUGCUGCGUGAAUGCCGGAGGCUCAAGGAGGGUCUGCCCAUCUAUGCAUACCGCAGGAGGAUUCUCAAUCACAUUUUCACUAACCAGGUCAUGAUCUUAAUAGGGGAAACUGGUUCUGGGAAAAGCACACAGUUGGUUCAGUUUCUUGCUGACUCAGGUCUUGCGGCUGGUGGUUCCAUCGUAUGUACUCAACCUCGAAAGAUUGCUGCUAUAUCUUUAGCACAUAGAGUAGAUGAAGAAAGUAAUGGCUGUAACGGGGACAAUUCUGUGAUGUCAUAUUCAACCUUCUUAAAUUAUCAAGGUUUUGGCUCCAAGAUUGUAUUCACCACAGACAGUUGUCUUUUGCAUCACUGCAUGAGUGAUAAGGGUCUGAAUGGCAUUUCAUAUAUUAUUGUAGAUGAAGCUCAUGAAAGAAGUUUGAAUACUGAUCUUCUGUUAGCUAUGAUCAAGAAAAAGCUGCUUGAUAGGCUGGAUCUGCGACUUAUUAUAAUGUCUGCCACUGCUGAUGCUGACAGACUAGCUGAGUACUUCUAUGGCUGUCAAACAUUUCAUGUUAAAGGGCGAAGCUUUCCAGUUGAAAUUAAGUAUGUCCCAGACAUAUCAGCAGAAGCUUCCUUGAAUACUUUGCCAAGUAUUUCUUCUGUUGCUUGUGCUACUGCUUCCUAUGUUACUGAUGUUGUAAGAAUGGUAAGCUUCAUCCACAAGAAUGAAGAAGAGGGUGCUAUCCUUGCUUUUUUGACAUCUCAAUUGGAAGUAGAAUGGUCCUGUGAAUCCUUCAACGAUCCAAAUGCUGUGGUACUUCCGAUGCAUGGAAAGCUUUCCCAUGUAGAACAGAGUCUUGUCUUCAAAAGCUAUCCUGGAAAGAGGAAGAUUAUCUUCUGCACAAAUAUAGCUGAAACAUCAUUGACCAUAAAAGAGGUGAAGUAUGUUGUUGAUUGUGGCUUGGCCAAGGAAUACAGAUUUAUUCCUAGUAGUGGUCUCAAUAUACUGAAAGUCAAUUGGAUUUCCCAAAGUUCUGCUAAUCAACGCGCUGGCCGAGCUGGUCGAACAGCAGCAGGAAAAUGUUUCAGGCUUUACUCAGAAUCUGACUUCGGUAUGAUGGAAGUUCAUCAAGAACCUGAAAUCCGUAAAGUCCACCUUGGCACUGCUGUUCUGAGAAUACUUGCUUUGGGUGUUGGGGAUGUACAAAAUUUUGAGUUUGUUGAUGCUCCAGAUCCAGAGGCCAUCAAUAUGGCUGUGAAUAAUCUUGAGCAACUAGGUGCCAUAGAAUACAAAUAUAAUGGAUUUGAGCUAACUGAUACUGGACGCCACCUUGUGAAAUUAGGAAUUGAGCCAAGGCUUGGAAAAAUCAUGCUUGAUUGCUUCAGUUAUGGCCUGAAGAAAGAAGGUGUAGUCCUAGCUGCUGUUAUGGCAAAUUCUAGUAGCAUAUUUUGUAGAGUGGGCACUAAUGAGGAGAAAUAUAAAGCUGACCGUCGGAAAGUUCCAUUCUGUCAUCCUGAUGGAGACCUUUUCACUUCACUUGCUGUUUAUAAGAAGUGGGAGGAUGGGCUUGAGAACAAGAAUGUGUGGUGCUGGCAGAAUAGCAUCAAUGCCAAGACCCUGAGGAGGUGCCAGGAAACUAUAUCUGAACUUGAAAAUUGCCUAAAGCAUGAGCUGAACAUUAUUAUUCCAAGUUACUGGCAUUGGAACCCUGAGGAGCCUACUUUGCAUGACGCUUCACUAAAGAGGAUCAUUCUAUCAUCUCUAAGAGGCAAUCUUGCUAUGUUUUCUGGGCAUGAUAAAUUUGGGUAUCAGGUGAUUUCAGCAGAUCAACCUGUGCAGCUUCAUCCUUCAUGCUCAUUAUUCAUUUAUGACAGCAAGCCUGAAUGGGUGGUAUUUGUAGAAAUCUUGUCAGUCCCUAAUCAGUAUUUGGUAUGUGUAACCGCUGUUGAUCAUGAUGCCUUGUGUACAGUUCACCCCAUGUCUUUUAUUAGGCAACUGGAGAUGAAUAAAUUGCAGAGGAAAGUGAUUACUGGGAUUGGAAAUAAAUCACUGAGAAGAUUUUGUGGCAAAUCUGGCCAAAAUCUGCACAAAAUUGUCUCGCUGCUGAGGGAAGGCUGCAAAGAUGACCGCAUAACAGUUGAUAUAGACUUCAGUUGCAAUGAAGUUUUAUUAUUUGCUAAACAACAUGAUAUGGAAAAGGUCUUCUGCAUUGUUAAUGAUGCUUUGGAACUUGAAGCUAAGAUGCUGAGGAAUGAAUGUGAUGAGAGGAGACCAGGCUGCUCUGUUCUUGCACUAUUUGGCUCAGGUGCUGAAAUCAAACAUUUGGAGCUUGGGAAGAGAUAUCUGACAGUGGAGAUUCUGCAUCAAAAUGCUUGGGAUAUAGAUGAGAAGGACAUGAUUUGUUUGGUGGAUGCUCAUGUCCCUGGUAUAUCUAAUUUUUAUAAAUUCGGAAAUUUUCAGGCAACCUCAGAUGAAAUGAAAUGGGGGAAGAUUACAUUUCUUAAACCAGAAAAUGCUGAGGAUGCUGUUUCGAAAUUGAAUGGGAUGGAAUUUCAUGGUUCCUUGCUUAAAGUGGUUCCUGUAUGCUCUUACAAGAAUCCAGGGUUACCAUUUCCUGCAGUAAAAGCUAAAGUAUCUUGGCCACGUAAGCCAAGCAGGGGACUUGCAAUUGUAACAUGUGCUAGUGGGGAAGCUGAGUUUGUUGUAAAGGACUGCUUUGCACUAGGAGUUGGUGGAAGGUAUGUCAAUUGUGAGGUUAGCAAGAAGUAUGAGAACUGCGUCUUUGUCACAGGGGUUCCGUUGCAUGUAACGGAGCCAGAACUGUAUGAUGCUUUUCGCGGUACAACAACCAGGAGAAUCCUUGAUAUCCACCUGCUUAGAGGAUCGCCCGCAGUGGGUCCCUCUGUUUCGGAAUGUGCAGAAGCCCUGAUGAGGGAGAUAUCUGUAUUCAUGCCAAACAAGAAUUUUCCUGGACAAAAUUUCCGUGUGCAAGUGUUCGAUCCAGAAGAGAAAGACUCCAUGAUGAGGGCUAGCAUAACCUUUGAUGGAAGUCUUCAUAGAGAGGCUGCAACGGCACUGGACCAUCUUCAAGGAAAUGUUCUUCCUUGUUGUCUUCCUUGGCAGAUAAUACAGUGCCAACAUGUUUUUCAUAGUACUGUUUCCUGUCCGACACGCAUUUACAAUGUUAUCAGCCAGGCAGUUGGUUCUCUGCUUGAGAGCUUCAGAAGCCAAAAAGGCGUGUCUUACAAUUUGGAGAAGAAUGAGAAUGGCAGUUUCCGGGUUAAACUCACUGCAAACGCAACAAAGACCAUAGCAGAUUUGAGAAGGCCUCUUGAACUUUUGAUGGAAGGCAAAACCAUAAACCACCCUGAUCUGACGUUAAGCGCUGUUCAAUUACUCUUUUCGCGUGAUGGUUUGGCACAUUUGAGAUCAGUUGAACAAGAGACUGGUACUUACAUUCACUAUGACAGGCAAAGUCUGAACGUUAAAGUCUUUGGACACACAGAUCAGGUGGCUGCAGCUGAGGAAAAAUUGGUUCAUGCACUUCUACAUCUCCAUGAGAAGAAGCCUCAUGAAGUUCGUCUUCGUGGCCGGAACCUCCCACCAAACUUGAUGAAGGAAGUAAUAAAAAGGUUUGGAGCGGAUCUAGAAGGAUUUAAGAAAGAGGCGCCUGCUGCAGAGCUUCAUCUAAACACACGACGCCAUGUGCUAUAUGUUCGAGGCAGCAAGGAAGAGAAGCAAAGGGUGGAAGAGAUGAUAUCUGAACUGAUGACCUCUAGCGACCACAAUUCUCUGGGUCAAUUGUUGUCAGAGAAUGCAUGUCCUAUUUGCUUUUGUGAGCUCGAAGAUCCUUUUAAGCUUGAAUCCUGUGGCCACAUGUUUUGUAAGGCUUGUUUGGUGGAUCAGUGUGAAUCUGCCAUGAAAUCACAAGAUGGCUUCCCUCUUUGUUGCCUUAAAAAUGGGUGCAAGAAGCUCCUCCUCCUUGCAGAUCUGAAGUCUCUCCUGCCUGACAGACUUGACGAGCUUUUCAGAGCUUCCUUAAAUGCAUUUGUUGCAUCCAGUGCAGGAUUGUACCGUUUCUGCCCCACACCUGAUUGCAUGUCCAUUUACCAAGUAGCUGCUGCAGAUGCAGAAGGCAAACCUUUUGUCUGUGGGGCUUGCUAUGUAGAGAUCUGUACCAAGUGCCAUAUUGAGUGCCAUCCUUUCAUAUCUUGUGAGGCAUACAAAGAAUACAAGGCAGACCCGGAUGCAACUCUGCUUGAAUGGCGCAAAGGGAAGGAGAACGUGAAGAAUUGCCCUUCAUGUGGAUAUACAAUUGAGAAAACUGAAGGUUGCAACCAUGUUGAGUGUAGGUGUGGCAGCCACAUCUGUUGGGCAUGCUUGGAGAACUUCAAUAGCAGUGAGGAGUGUUAUGGCCAUCUCAGGUCCGUGCACCUGUCCUAUUAGCAAAUUGUGUAGAAUCUUGAUGUAAAUUUGUACAUAUGGCACAAAUAAUCAUAUGGUGUAUAAUAUAGGAAGCCGAUUCCUUCCACCAAUUAGUAUAUUUAUUAUAAUCUUCUGAUCCCCAUGGGUUCCCAUCUC